AUAAUUUAUUUGGAAGGAAAGAAAAGGUUGGGCCCAUACUGGGAUUAACGGUGGGCUGUGUUUGGUUUCCAACUUCAAAAUUGACAAAACCUCUCCUCUCUCUCUCUCACUACACUUACCCUCCAUGGCUCGUCGUGCUAUUGCCCAUGGAUCUGUAGCCUAACUUCACUUCAGAGAAAAAUUUUGCUGUUGGACUCUCUUGUGUUUAGAUUGAUUUCCAAUUUCAACUUUGGGGGAUAUUUGUUGUUGGGAGUUGGGACUUUUGGUGAAAGAUGGUUGGCAACCCUCCAUUGCAUGUUGCAACAUUGCCAAGUGCUUUAUCUUCAUCGCUUAUUACUCUACAUGGAAAUUCUUUACAUUGUAUGCCCUGUCUUCCAUUUAGACCCCGGAGAAAAAUCAACAGGAUAAGAGCUACAUCUGCGGAUGCAGGGCACGUUGAACCGUCGCCUGCUCCGGGAUCAAAGAAUCCACUUGCAAUUGUUUUGGACAUUCCUCAUACUGUUUGGAGGCAAACGCUGCGUCCAUUAAGUGAUUUUGGAUUUGGUGGCAGGAGCAUAUGGGAAGGUGGGGUUGGACUGUUUUUAGUGUCUGGUGCCGUUUUGUUUGUGCUUAGUUUGGCCUGGUUAAAGGGUUUCCAAAUGCGAUCGAAGUUCAGGAAGUACACUGCAAUGUUUGAGUUUGAUCAGGCUUGCGGUAUAUGCACUGGAACACCAGUGAGGAUCAGAGGGGUGACUGUUGGUGAUGUCAUUCGUGUGAAUCCUUCUUUAAGAAGUAUUGAAGCAGUUGUUGAGAUUGAAGAUGAUAAAACAAUCAUACCACGGAAUUCAUUGGUUGAAGUUAACCAGUCUGGUCUGCUUAUGGAAACUAUAAUUGACAUUACUCCUCGUGAUCCCAUUCCAUCACCUUCAGCUGGACCUCUUGACCAAGAAUGUUCUAAAGAAGGUCUCAUUGUGUGUGAUAAAGAAAAGAUUAAGGGUUACCAAGGAGUCAGUUUGGAUGCAUUGGUUGGGAUAUUUACCCGCCUUGGGCAAGAUGUAGAAAAAAUUGGUAUUGCCAAUAGCUAUUCAUUGGCUGAACGUGCUGCUUCAAUUAUUGAAGAAGCGAAACCACUUCUUACAAAGAUCAAAGCCAUGGCUGAAGAUGUUCAACCUUUGUUGACUGAAGUCCGUGACAGUAACCUAUUGAAGGAGGUUGAGAAUUUAACCCGAAGCCUUACACAAGCCUCUGAUGAUUUGAGGAGGGUACAUUCAUCCAUUAUGACCCCUGAGAACACUGAACUGAUCCAGAAGUCCAUAUAUACUCUUAUUUUUACCCUGAAGAACAUUGAGAAUGUUAGCUCUGAUAUUUUGGGUUUCACUGGCGAUGAAGCUACAAGAAAGAAUUUGAAAUUACUUAUCAAGUCCCUCAGCAGGUUAUUGUGAGGUCGAAACUCCAAUUAAAGUAGGAUAAAAUGCAAUUAGGUUACAUCCAAUGUUUUCCAUCAACCACAACAUUGAAGGAGAAAAUAGUAUUUUGUGACAGUUUUAGUUGUUUCUGAAAAUGUGACAUUACUUAUGGUUUUUACAUUCUGCUGUGAUAGAAAUUUGUUUCCAAGUCAACAAUGAGAGAGAGAGAGAGGGGGGAGGGGGGGGGGGGGGGGAUGUGUUAGUGAUUGGAUCAGCUCAUUGCUAUGUGCAUAUCCUUAUUUUACUGAAAUGAUGUUAUUCUUCUGGGUAGCAUGGAGGUGAUUCUUAAUGGUUGUCACUUGUGACAUUUCACCUAAAAUGCUCACACAAAAGUGAGGGUACAGGCUUAUGGUGUUUCAUUGGUGAGGUUUAAAGUUGUAGGUAGUUGUUUUUCAAAUAUAAAAAUUGAUAGGGGCAGGAUCAUUUGCUUACAUACAGAGCAUUUUGAUAUCAUUGGAACAGGUUUAUGGGUUAUAGUGCUUGACCUUCUAUUCUCUUUUUCCUUUUUGGACCCUUGUUUCCUUAAAUAUAAAGCUUUAACCUUGAAGUUGAGAU